GGUGCUUUAUGAAUUAACCUAUAUAUAGCAUAGCAUGACAUUUUGAAGAGCCUUGUAGAGUAGAGUCGCGUCAAAACACCUUCGAGCCAGUCCGAGCUCCGAGACAUCCGACCCCGAUGCAUCUCCGGGUCUCCGGGAUGUACCGUACGGCACGAUGAGCAUAUUGAGCAUCGGAUGCCAGCAGAUUAAAGCAGAAGUGUGGAAAUUGCUUGUUUUAAGCGAAUAAGAUCCGUCACUGACCGCGAUGGCAUCAAGCAGAAGUACGAGAGAAGUUCUGCUAUCGCUAGUGGACGAUAUUGAGUUAAUAGCGAAGGAGAUGAUAGAAAACACAAUCGCUCAAAAGCCUUCAAAACUCUCGAGCACAGAGCACGCUCAGUUAACCGAAUUGUUGGUAGCUAAGGAUAACGAGUUAAAGGCGACGCUGAAACGGGCUGCCGAGCAAGCUAAGAUCAACCUGAAGAUGGAGGCGUUGAAAGCUGAGGUAGAGAGGCAGGAUCAGGAUAUUCAGCAGCUGCAGCGACAACUGAAGGAAGCGGAACAGAUCUUGGCUACUGCGAUUUAUCAAGCGAAGCAGAAAUUACAAUCUAUCGCGCGUGCCAAUAAAAGGCCGGUUCCUUCGGAGGAGCUUAUUAAGUAUGCGCACAGAAUAAGCGCAACCAACGCAAUUUGCGCGCCUUUAACGUGGCAGCAGGGAGAUCCCAGAAGGCCAUAUCCCACGGAUAUCGAAAUGAGAUUAGGGUAUCUGGGACGAUUGAGCGAUCUACCUUUAAACGGACAGUUGCUCGGGUCUCAUCCAGGUAUACCUGAUUUACAUAGGGCGGGACAUCCUGCUGGAGAACCACCCGUUUCGCAAUCGAACCAAUUUGCCUGGCAUCCAUCGGGAGAGAUUCAUAUGUCGGUUGGUGGGCAGGGUAGCGUGGCUGUGAAUACGCAUAAACAAGAAACAGAAGACGUCGAAGUUAUGUCUACGGACUCCUCGAGUAGCUCGUCUAGUGAUUCUCAAUAGAGUAAUAUAUAUAAUAAUUAAAAAUAACAAUAAGUAUAAAUAUCAUUACAUCAUGUCUGAAAUGCGUAAGGUAUUAAAUUUCUAUAAAGCUCUAGCUAUUUGCAUGAAAUGUGACAAGACUAUUGAAAAGAAACUUCAAUCAUAAUCGGUGCAUAAUGUUACAGUAAUAUCAAUUAACAUAAAUAAUAAAAGUAUACGGAUAUAGUGACGGAUUUACAUUUUUAGUUGGAAGCUAAUGUUCCUAGAUCUUUAAAGUUUUACUUACAUAUGUGUUUGUAUAUUAUAGAUAAUGCUUUUUGGUUAUCUGUUACAAAAAUCGACCCGACUGUAGAAAUGGGACUCGAAUUCCAUAUCCUUCCAGUCUGGAAGAGAGUAAUUUCGCAAUUAUGCUAUAAAUGUGCGGUUAUUUUUUUUAUUAGCGCGCUCAGCGGUUACCAUACGCUAAAAUUACAACGCUAACAAUUACACAAUGUAUAUUGAAAAUAUCUUAUCCAACCGAUAAAAUUAGAAAUAUUGAUGUCAUAGAUAAAGGAGAUUGCUGUUGCAGCAAAAGAAUCGUCAGAAAAAGACAGGAGUAGAUAUGUCAUAUCGACCCUUUUUUAUUUUUGCCCACAUUUGGCUUAGAGAUACUGCUGUUGUCUCACUAAUCAUCUUAUAGCAUCGAUCACAGUACAUAUAACAAGCAUUUAUUAUUAAUAUAAAGUUAUUUACAUGUUAUAAAACCAUCUUUCCAAGAUAGAUACAUGUAUAAAAUGUGCAAUCAAAUAAAUUUUCUCUUAAUAUAAUUAUUUAA